CUAUGACACAGCUGUCCGACAACGGUUUUGGAUCGCAUGGUGAUGGCGAUGGUUGUGCGGUAUUAUUGAAGCUAUGGUUUUCGGGAUACUUGUUUCGUAAUUGGUGUAAUAGGUUGUAAAAUGUACAUCAAAUGAGAAUUUUUAUUUUUAUUGAUAAUUCUUUCAUUAUAUGGAAUAUUAAGAGGUUAAAUAGUGUGACAAAAUGCUGCUGAGCAGAACUACACGCAUCUUUCAGCAGUACCUGCAGCGCAACAGGCCACUGGCAGUCGGUGCAUUCUAUGCUCCAGAAUGCAGUGGUUACAAGGAGAGAACAUACAAGCACGAGUACGAGCAAAAGCGUGAUUUUAAAGAUUUCGGUCAUACCAAAACGAAGGUCAACUGGGGAACUGCUAUCCCAUAUGCGGUUUGCAGCCUUAUAAUGAUGUCCCUUUUUUUUGAUUGGUCUAGCUAUUUCAAGGGAAAACUUCCCACAGUGGACGCUGCUGGCAUGUUAGUGGAAAAUGAAAGUCAGAGUAAUGAAAGUUUGGAAGCUGCCGAACAAGAGUCUCAGAAGAAAAGGAAGAAUAAGAAACAAAAGAUCGGAUUUCGCGAUAGAAAGAUAAUAGAAUACGAAAAUCGUAUGAGGCAUUACUCGACACCGGACAAAGUGUUCCGUUACUUCGCGACCCUCCAGGUCACGAGCAACGACAUUCACGAGGUGUUCAUGACGCCGGACGACUUUUUAAGAUCGAUGACGCCUGGGGUGAAACAGCCCGACGGUCUCGGACUGGACCAGUACAAACGCUACGAUCCAAAGAACAUUCACACAAAAUUAGAGUUGGAGCUGGACGAAGAUAGCAUCUUCUACAAAUUGGGCAGUGCAGGCCUCAUUACUUUCUCCGAUUACAUCUUCCUACUGACCGUAUUGUCAACUUCCAGGCGACACUUCGAGAUUGCCUUCAGGAUGUUUGACUUUAACGGAGACGGUGACGUUGAUUCCGACGAGUUUGGGAAAGUAGCCACGUUGAUACGCCAGCAGACUAGUAUAGGCACUCGGCACCGUGAUCACGCGACCACAGGAAAUACAUUUAAGGGAGUAAAUUCUGCACUGACAACGUACUUUUUCGGACCACAAAUGAAUCAGAAGCUAACGAUCGAGAAAUUCCUGGACUUCCAGCAACAGCUGCAGCGAGAGAUUUUGAGUCUUGAGUUUGAACGACGAAACCCGGAUGAGCACGGCAAUAUUACCGAGGUGGAUUUUACGGAAUUGCUGUUGGCCUACGCCGGAUAUCCAGCAAAGAAGAAGGCGAAAAUGCUGAAGAGAGUGAAGAAGACUUUCAAAGAAAAUCCGACAGGCGUUAGCAAAGAGGAAUACCUCAAGUUUUUCCACUUUUUGAACAACAUUAACGACGUGGAUACAGCUCUGACAUUCUAUCAUAUAGCUGGCGCGGCUAUCGAUCAAGCGACGUUGAAACACGUAGCGAAAACUGUUGCGCACGUUGAUCUGAGUGAUCAUAUUAUCCAAGUAGUAUACACGAUCUUCGAUGAAAACAUGGACGGACAGCUUAGUAAUCGCGAGUUCGUUGCAGUGAUGAAGAAUCGUGUUCUUCGUGGCCUUGAGAAACCGAAGGACACUGGAUUUGUUAAAUUAAUUCAAUCGUUGAUGAAGUGCGCGAAGAACAGCAAUCUCCUAUCGUUCGACAAAUAAUUGACUUACAUAAAAUUCAAAUACUACUUGAUUCUCAUGAAAAUACGUUUGCUUCGCCAUGCAUACAAUUGUGAUUUGUAUAGCAAAAAUAAAAUCCUUAUUCUAGCGUUGAAAAUAAAA